AAAGGGCUUUCACCAACAACCCACCAAACUUGCACUGAGAAUUUCGUAUACCCAUCACUGAAGCAGCCUCCUCCGCCAUCUCCUUUUUCUUUUCUGGUCGAACAUUGUAACUUCGAUCGCGCACAUCCAGGCAGUUACAGACUACUGCUGAUAUUGUUGCAGCAGCCGUUUUCCUCACCAAAAAUCAACAAAAGCAAAAAUGGCUUCAAGAUCGCUGUGGUCGUCAAGGGCUGCUUCAUACCUCAGAAUCUCUGUGUUCCAAAGAGGGUUUACUUCAGUUCUGAAGGAUCUGAAGUAUGCUGACACUCAUGAGUGGGUGAAGGUUGAUGGUAAUGCUGCUACUAUUGGUAUCACUGAUCAUGCACAAGAUCAUUUAGGCGAUGUUGUGUAUGUUGAAUUACCAGAAGUGGGAACUGCUGUCAAACAAGGUGGCAGUUUUGGUGCCGUAGAGAGUGUCAAGGCUACUAGUGAUGUGAAUUCUCCAAUUUCUGGAAAGGUGGUUGAAGUUAAUGAAGAACUGAACGGCUCUCCUGGUCUGGUCAACUCAAGCCCUUAUGACAAUGGGUGGGUCAUAAAGGUUGAGGUGAGCAACUCGGAGGAAUUGAAUAAGUUGAUGGACUCUGAUCAAUACACCAAGUUCUGUGAAGAAGAAGACUCCAAGCACUGAGAUUGGAUUCUGGGGCAUGUUGCUCUUUUGCAUUACUUAUACAGAAAGGUCUGAUUUCAGGCUCAGUAUGAGAAAUGGUCAACAAGGAUGAUCGAGGAAAUGAUAAUUUUUUUCUUGAUGUUUUUAUGCAACAAAAAGAAAAAGAAAAAAUUCUCAUACUCUUUUCUUUUGGCGAUAAGUUUGCUUCAUAAUAAUCAUUUCAGAACUGCAAGUGAUUUAUCUAAGUUGAAGAUUUGAUUUGCAAAUUUUAUCUUUGGAGUUGAUUUGGUAAGUUGCAGCUACAGAUUUAUUUUUUCUUCACUGUAACUUUCUUCUGGGUGGUGAUUUUUUAAGGGAGUUCAUAACGCAAUCACCCUCUAUGCUCGUGCUCAUUGUCAUGUGCUAAUUUCUUAACUGACAACAGAAUGGUAUAUUGAUGAAAUGAUUUUGUCGAA